AUGUGUGGGAUUCUGAAAGUAUUCUCUAUUUACUAUAAUUUAAGGGAGUCUUGAAUGCAUCUGGAUUCACAUGUCAAGUCUCUUAUUAAUUUAAGACUGAUGAACGAGGUGUCAGCUAUUAUCCUCAUACUGUAUUUAUCUUAAGUUUCGAAGAUGCCAGAGAUUUAUGA